UUUGGUUAAGCACCUUCCAUGCCUCAAAGCCUCAAAUGGUAAAUUGCCAAGUCGUUCAAUUACAUCAUUGCAUGCGUAAGUUUUCUAACCCUCGACUAUAUAGGCACCUAUGUAUUGCCUUUCCUUUUAUGACUAAUAGAAAAAAGGAAGAACCAGAAGAUAGGGAAGGAAUAUGUGGUAGAGAAAAGCCAUUUGUUUAUUAUGGAUAAAUUGUUCGUCCGGCAAGCGGAGGUGUACGCCAACGCAAGGCCUGCAUAUCCCAGCGAAUGGUUCUCGAAGCUCGCAGCUCUCACUCCUAAGUGGACCUUGGCUUGGGAUGUCGGCACCGGCAAUGGGCAAGCAGCUAUUGGGGUUGCUGAGCACUAUGAACAAGUGAUUGCAACUGAUGUGAGUGAAGCCCAAUUAAAACAUGCAAGACCACACCCCAAGGUUCAUUAUGUUCAUACCCCACUCUCUAUGUCUGAGGAUGAAUUAGUAUCACUGAUAGGAGGUGAAGGGUCAGUUGAUCUGAUCACUGUGGCUGAAGCUGUGCAUUGGUUUGAUCUCCCAACCUUCUAUUCUCUUGUUAAUCGAAUCUUAAGAAAACCAGGAGGUGUAAUUGCUGUAUGGGGUUACAAAAACUUCACAGUAAAUCCAGUUUUUGAUUCAGUCAUGAAGCGUUUCAUAGGUACUACCAUUCCUUUCUUCAAUGCAAAUAUCAGUUACAUAAAAGAUUCGUAUUGCACUCUUCCUUUUCCAUCCGAGAGCGUCGGUAUCGGAUCAGAAGGUAAUCCAGUGAUGCUUGAGUUACCACAGGAGAUGUCAUUUGAUGGGGUAUUGAAAUGGAUGAGUUCAUGGUCUGCAGUUUCUACAGCUAAAGAAAAUGGUGUUGAUUUGUUAAAUGAAGGUGUGGUUAAAGAGCUUGAGAGUGCAUGGGGUGAGUCUAAUUUGGUAAGGACAGUGACCCGCGAGGCUUUCAUGAUUGCAGGAAAACCAAGGAUUUAAGUCCACUGCUUGAAUGUCAUAUAGUCUUAAUUUGGUAAUUAAAUGCUUAUAUUUGGCA